AUGGCAGACCAGAGCAAUAAUAAGCAGCAAGACGAGACCUGGUUUCUCAAGUCCAAGUGUCCAGUUCUCCUCCCCCAGCUUGACGCCCUGCGACUGUCACAGGAGGACUUUUCCACCUAUCUCGAACAGACGCUUCAGCGUAACACCAAACCCGACAUCAAGGUCGAAAACAAGAAAAGCUAUGCAGCUGCCGCGGCUCAGCCAACAACAAACGCCUUUAUGGAUGGCCUUCUAGCCCAUAUUACCGGCGUCAAUGACUUUCACCUGAGCGACGACAAAAUGCUUACCGAAAAUGGCGAUGUCACCUUCCGGUCUUCAAACAGUAUUCUUGUCGAUCUGUUCACCGAGCUCGAGGAAGUCAUCGAUAGCAAUCGUCUCGACAGCAUUCUCACCGCUGCCUGGGCUGAGGACCCCCUCGCCACCCUCAAGAUCAUCUUCAACGCCCGGUCGAUACAUCUCGGCAAGAGCUCGCGCAUCUCCUUUUACCGGUGCGCCGGAUGGCUGGCUGAGCACCACCCCCUCACCUUGGUCAGCAACAUCCACUUGCUCAGCAGGCCCGUGAUUUCAAAGCCGACGUCGGCCAAGAAGCAAGAGAGCGAAGCGGUCGAAGAGGAUCUCGUCAUGGUGGAAGCCGAAACGACAGAAGAGGACGCCUCCGGCCUUGAUGUCGUCACCGGCAUGUCUCAUGGCUAUUGGAAGGAUCUUUUGAACCUCCUCGCUCUUGCCGCCAACGGAAAGCUCAACGUCCUCGCCAGUCCCCGCGACGUUCUCAAUAUCAAGUGCGAAACGAAACCAUCGGUGCGAUACGACCAGGAAAAGGCCAAAGAACAGCGCGCCAAAACCCGCGAUGCCCGCCACCAUCAAGCCUGUAUACUCUUGGAAUCGGAUGCCACGUACCGCGCACUUCACUUGACUGUCUCGCGUCUCUUUGCCGGGCAGCUCAAGAAGGACAUCGCCCUCCUAAGAGACGGCGACAACAAGGCCAAGAAGCAAAUCUCGCUCUGCGGCAAGUGGGCUCCGUCAACAGACCGCUUUCACGACAAACACACGUUUGUCGUCUCGACCAUCGCUGAGCUGAUGUAUCCUGCACCCAUGUUUAGCUCUGACAUUGCGGGCAAUCGUGAGCUGUACCUUCGUCAUGCACGUGAGGCCUAUCGAAAGGAUAUCUCCGCCCUCCGCAAGCACUUGGACAUUGUCGAACGCAAGCUGUCGGCCAAAACCCUCGACAAGAUAAAGUACGACCGCGUCCCGUCUGUGGCCAUGAACAAUUACACCCCAAUAUUUGCAGCCAAGGACGAGACUCGGUUCAUGAAGUACCUCGACGACGUUUCAACUGGCAAGACCCAGAUCAGUGGUGCCACUCUCCUUCCCAGCACUCUCAUCAAGGCCGCACGUGAGGCAUCAGACCGUUCAACAUACUCAUUCGGCUCGCAAACCAAGAAGAAGCGGACGCUCAAGGAAAUGAAGGCUGAUGUCGUGGGUGCUGCCACCUCCAAGGUGAUUGACGGCCAGUGGAAGACACUUGUCCAGCGCAUCAAAGACUCUGGCACUCUGGAAUCCUGCAUCGCCGUGUGCGAUGUUUCUGGGAGCAUGAGCAGUCCUGUCUUCCAAGAUGGCACCACCCCCAUGGACAGCUCCAUUGGCCUUUCGCUCCUGGUGGCUGAAGUCACCAAGCCUCCGUUUGGUGGAGCUUUCAUCACCUUCUCCACAGAUCCCAAAGUUGAGAAGGUUGACCUCAGUGAGGGUCUGGGUAAGAAAUAUAACAGGAUGGUAAGGGCGGACUGGGGCACCAGCACAGACUUCUGUGCCGUCUUCAGCCGUCUGAUCCUGCCAAUGGCCAUCAAGAAUGCUGUCAAGCCUGAGGACAUGGUCAAGCGAGUAUUUGUCUUUAGCGACAUGCACUUCAACUCGGCUCAGUACGGUGCCGGUCAGUGGUCUUCGAGCUUCGAGCGGAUUCAACAGGAUUUCAAGGAUGCGGGCUAUGAGAUGCCCGAGCUGGUGUUUUGGAACCUGGCCGGGGGUCGAGGUGGAUAUUCCGGCUCAUAUGACAUCGGCCCCAAGCCCGUGGCCGCUGAUCAAGUUGGCACAGCUCUUGUCAGCGGGUACUCUGAGGGUAUGCUCAAGGUUUUCCUAGGUGGUGCUGGGUUUGACGAGAUCAAGGAAGAGGAUGAGGAGAUGGCCGUGGUUGUAACCAAGGACGGGGAGGAGGUCACGGUAGAGCCAGAGGCGAAGCGUAGAAAAGAUCCAUACGACCAGCUCAAGCAGGCCAUUUCCCACAAGGCGUACGGCGGGUUGGUUGUGUUGGAUUAG